CGCCAUUUUGACGUAUCGCGUCAGUUGUUGUUCCGAAGUUUGAAGUGUAGACACGUACUUUUUGUUGUAGAGCGAAUCUCGUUCCGACUUUUGUUAUUCCUGUUUCAAGCACAAGAAAAUGCCACUAACUCCGGCAGAAAAAAUGAAGCGAUAUAGAGAUAAAUUAAAACAGAACCCGGAUAAGUUGGAAGAAAUAAGAAAGAAAAAUUUAGAAAGAAUAAAAUCAAAAUAUAAAUAUAAAAAAAUUUCGGAAUUGACUGAAACAGAACAAAAAAAACAGAGGAAAAAGUGGAAAGAAGAAAAACAAAAACAAAAGAUCAAAAAAUCACAAAAAACAGCAUGUAGCGGAAGCUCUUCAACCCCAAUGGCAGAUAUUUUAACAGACACAAUGAAAAUAUCAGUGGGAACGUCCUCCUCGGAAAUAACACUAUCUGAGACGUCGACUGAAACACGAUCAACAAUAUUAAGAUUGACAAAAACUGUAGGAAGUCUCCGAAGGGCUAGAAAUAAAUUGAAAACAGAAUAUGACAAAGCAAAAAGUCGCAUUGCUUAUUUGGAACGAGCUAACGAAACUGCAAGAAAAAAAAUAUAUCGACUACAAAAACACGUAACGGAACAAAAAACUAAGUUUGAGACUGAAUUACUAAAAAUAAAAGCCAGAAACGAAAUCCUCGAAGCUUCCUUGAAGAUAACUUACAAAAAUUGUGAAAAUAAUAAGGAAAGAGACCUAAUAAAGAAAGUUGCAAAUAAUAAUUUGGUGCGAAAUAGUAAAGCACAAACGUCUGUUUCGAAACAAAUUGGUAUACGGUGUAGAAAGAAAAAAUCUGUUAAACGUAUAAUAUCAGACUUAAAAAAAUCUAUCAUAGAAUUUUACAUUCGAGACGAUGUUAGUAGGGCCACUGCAGGCAAACGUGAGUGCAAGACAUUAAAAAAAAAUAGAGAGCAAAUAAGAUAUCUUAAUGGGUCUUUACGAGCUUUACAUGAGAAGUAUAAGAAAGAAGGUGGUAUUGCAGCAUUUUCAACAUUUUGUCGAUUCAAACCUUUUUAUAUUUUAAGUCCAAGUAUACACAACCGAAACACAUGUCUCUGCAUUAAACACUCAAACAUGAAUUUAAAAAUAGAAGCACUGUAUCGUCAUAAAAUAAUCGAUUUUCGUAAUUUGCAUACUCUCUUGGAAAAAGUAGCUUGUAAUGUUGACAAAUUCGAUUGUAUGUAUGGAAUAUGUAAUAUCUGUAAUAACAAUAUUUUAAUUAACUAUAAUUUAGAAAGUUCAAGCGAUCCAAAUAUUACGUGGCAAAUGUGGGAAACGAAAAAUCACUCAUAUAAAAAAAAUACCGAAGACGGAGAACAAGAAGUUAUCACCAAAAAGACUGUUAAGUCGCUCAAAAACGCUACAGUUGCACAAUUAAUAAAACUAUUUGAAGCUGACAUCGCCGGAUUUAAAAAACACAGUUUUAAUGCGUCACAUCAAGCAAAAUCUUACAAAAUCUGUAUUGACAGCUUGACGGAAGACGAAAUAGCCAUCCACUGUGAUUUUUCACAAAAUUAUGAAUGCAAAAUGUCAGAAGAGGUACAGUCGAUGCACUUUGGUGCAUCAAAGACGCAAGUUACUCUGCACACUGGUGUAAUAUUUUUUAAAGGAGGUCAAAAGUCCUUUUGCACUGUAUCACCCUCCAAUGUGCACCAGCCACAUGCUAUAUGGGCUCAUCUAAAGCCAAUUAUAAAUUUAGGUAAGACUCUCGUUUCAAAUAUUAAAAGAAUUCACAUAUUCUCUGACGGACCCAGUUCUCAAUACCGUCAAAAAAAUAACUUUUUUUUGAUUAAUUAUUUUUCGUCAUUCUAUAAUGUUGAUAUCACAUGGUCGUUUUUCGAGAGUGGCCAUGGGAAAGGGGUGGCUGAUGCCAUUGGAGGAGUUGUAAAAAGGUGCCUCGACAGGCAAGUUUCUUACGGGCAGGAUAUUGUAAGCGCUGCAGAUGUGUAUUCGACAUUGCAGUCUGCAGUUAAAGCUGUAAAUGUGAUGUACAUAACUGAAACAGAAAUUGAUGCUAUAAAAGAAUGUAUACCUAAUAAUCUUAAAACUAUAAAAGGAACCAUGAACAUCCAUCAGGUUAUUUGUAAGCGGGGCAAUGAUCAUAUUCAGCAUCGUAUAUUGAGUUGUUUUUGUAGUUCAACUGAAAUGUCUUGUACUUGCUAUGACCCAAUUGAACAUAAAUUUGAAAAAAAAAUAAAUGUUUCGCCACAAUUUGACCCCGAUAACUCAAAUGAAACAGCGAUUUUACAAAAUUUUGUAGUGGAUGCACAUGUUGAACACGAACCUCAAGAAACAAACUUCCAAGUCGAAAUAAAUAACGAGACAAUACAAAUAAGACUUGAGUGUAAUCUGACAGAUUAGUUUAGUCUGUAGCUUACCUGGGGCC